AUGAAAAAUAUUAUUGAUGAUUAUGAUAAUGAAUUUGAUAGUCUACAAUUAGACAUUAAAAUAAUUACAGGAAGAUUUCUAGUAAAGAAACGAAUUGGUAGUGGAAGUUUUGGUGAAAUUUAUCUUGCUGAUGACUCAAUAAAUAAUAUAUCAGUUGCAGUUAAAACUGAACGUAUAGAAGCUGUUGUACCACAGUUACUUAUUGAAAAACUGGCUUUUAAACGAAUGAAAGAUUCAAUUGGCUUUCCAAAAAUGAUAUAUUAUGGACAAGAAAAAAGAUAUAAUGUUUUGAUUAUGGAUUUACUUGGUCCAUCACUUGAAGAUCUUUUCAAUUUUUGUAAUCGUUCUUUUACUUUACAUACGGCUUGUAUGAUAAUCGAUCAAGCUAUCAGUCGAACGAAACAAAUGCAUGAUCGAUCUCUUUUACAUCGUGAUAUCAAACCUGACAAUUUUUUAAUGGGUGUCGGUCAUCAUUCUCAUAUUCUUUAUUUUGUUGAUUUUGGUCUAACAAAACAAUAUCGUGAUUUUAUCACAUAUGUUCAUUGUAAUUUAGUUUACGGCAAAAGUUUAACAGGCACAGCUCGAUAUGCUUCAUUAAAUACUCAUCGUGGUUUUGAACAAGCUCGUCGAGAUGAUCUAGAAUCAAUUAUCUAUAGUUUAUUAUAUUUCUUAAGAGGUUCUUUACCAUGGCAAGGUCUAAAAGCGAAAACUAAACAACAAAAAUAUGAAAAAAUUGCUGAACUUAAACAAACAAUACCUAUCGAAGAAUUAUGUUCAGGUUUACCGUCACAAAUUAUUACUAUAGCUUUAUAUGUUAAAUCAUUAACUUUUGAUGAACAACCUGAUUAUAAUUAUAUCAAACGACAAUUACGUACUAUUAUUAUUUCUAAUAAUCAAAAAUAUGAUUAUCAAUUUGAUUGGCUUAAUAAAUCAGAACAAAUCAAGAAGAAUUCUUUGAUGAAGAAUCCUUGUGAUAUUUUUAUUUAA